CCUAGAGGAGAAGAGCAAUGGCGCUGCUGCUGCUGCUGGCGCUCCUGCCGAUCGCGGUGAUUCUCGUCGAUGCCGCGGACAACAAUCCGGUAUUCAAUCCGUGCCGCCAGUUGCUGCCGGUCGGGGGCAAGGAUUCGAUCAGCAUUGCGGUAGGGUACACUGGCGCGCCCUCGGUGUGGUACAACAACUCGGAUCCGUCGCUCAAUCAGCUCUCGCCUUGCGACAACGCGCUCGUCGCUAAAAUGCCGGCGAAUUCCCGGGUUGCCGUGUUCAGGCCUCUGCUGGAUCAAAUCUCGAUGCUGCGGACGAACAAUGCGAGCUAUCUGGAUCUUCACACUGCCGUAAUUUAUCAAACUUCCACGAUCGAAGAACACAGUUUUGUUUUUUUGUUCCAGUUUCCUGGGAAUGCUACUGUGGUUGCGUAUGCUGGGAAUCCCACAAUUGUCUCGACUCCAAAAUACUUCCUCAUUCCUUACGGGAGAAUACCGAUCUACACGCUCGUGAUUGAGCUCAAGAAAGGAGUGCUCAAGAAUUUGCUUUGGAAGGACGAUAAGUGUGCAUCCUGCGGUGGAAAGACGAGCGCUUCGUGCUUCCAAGGUGCCUGUUCGACGUCAGAGUCGACUUGUCUGGAUCCAUCGUCGACAAUUGCGUCGGUAAAAGGCGCUGAUCCGUGCCGAUUUGCCAUAAAUGUCGCGUUCUCUGGGACCGACAAAAACAACGUGGUGAUGGACUCGUGGUACCAGGUGAAGUCCAUGGAGCAGUACUCCAUCACAUCACUCUUUGGACAGGCCGGCAAUGCGCUAUCCCAAGUUGGUCUGUCUAUCAUAGAUGACCAACUUGGUGGGUGACAUAAUCGACCAACCAACCAAGUUCCUGGGUUUAUGGGGGGAUGGGGGGCUGCUCAUGCUGUUUGUCGCAUUCCGACUACUCGAUGCGCUCCUUGUUCGUAAGAGGAGCACGUUUUCGGCGCCUCUCACUUACUUCUCCCAUGGUUGCUGCGCUCUAUAUUUCAUCUAGUGCAUGGUACGCUCGAGAGUUCUUUUCAGCGGAAUGAUGUGAUGCCAUAUAGGUGAUCGAUCAGUUCCUCAUUGCCUGCUCGCCCGCCGAAUGUUUUGCCUCUCGUGGCGCCAAUCUCGUGUACCUUUAUGACUGCAGCGACAAUUUCAGCCAUUGCAGAUUGGUUUCCGGACAAGAUCGAGAAAGCUGGCCAACUUCGGCACCGCAGUGGGUCGUCAGGAUGCUCUUACAGAAGUGGGGAUUCUAACACGAAGGUAGUGACGUUACAUUAGCAGGACUCCAGUUACGCUGCGCUCGUAGGUGGAUCUACGAAGCUCGAAGCUGGCCACGGGCUCGCGAAUGGGAUCACGGGAUCCGUAGGUGCUAACUCAGCUCACAGAGCGAGUUGGAGAUGGAGAGGCUCGUGCUGUAUAUCGAGUCGCGAGGCACUACGGCACAGGGAACUAUGUUUCGAGGAGCACAGGGCCAAAGGACAUGUCAUACGUAUAAAUUCUCGGACAUGAUCAAGGAUCAAACAAGCUUAAGCCACAUUGAGCUCUAGUGUGGAUGACGAAUUAAAGCUGGAUCCAGGAUA